UAUUUCCUCGACAAGAUAUCCAAACUGUUGACAGCGAAGAAGAUGGUUCACAUGAGCAACCGAUUGCAUUCGCUUCAUACACACGCCGACAUUUAGAGUCCAAUCCACUUUCUUUUAUUCAAGAUGAUGAUAUAGAUAUGGAUAUGAAUGAUUCUGAAGACUGGCCAUUAGAUUAUAAUGAACCAUUAAAUCCAUUGCCACCAACUCCACAAAAAUAUAUUCAAGCAUUAGUAUCAAGUAAUAUAUAUAGUCCAAUGACUUUCCAUUUUGUCGUUUUUAUUCCUACUUCUGGUGAUGGUUUCUUCAGGCUUUAUCGUGUUCGUGUCGAUGCAUCAGGUGGAUUAAGAGAGAUGUCUAUGAUUGGUCAAACAUUUAAUAAUCCAAGCGAACAGCUCCAAAAUCGUGAUUUCCCUUUUCGAAACUUGAUAGACAUGGGAUUAACACAUACUCGUUUAUUAGAAGAAAGCGAAUCAGAUAACGGGAAUGGACAAACUUGGAGGCAAGAAUGGAGAUUGUGGGCACUAUGGAAACGAAAUCGCCAAACAGCACUGACUUACACGAAUUUUCAUAUAACUUACUAUGGCUCUGUCGAUAAUAACUUAGAAGAUGCUAUCACUGCCAUAGAAAUGUUUAAUUUUGGAAAACGAUGGGAAUUCGUUACAAAAACUCCAAUUAAAACGCAUGAUCACGGAUAUUUAUCUAAUAUGCUUAAAGAUGGCGAUGAGCAAUUAGAUCAUGUCAAAGUUUACACAGAUUACUUAUUUUGCCCUGGACGAUUCUCAACAUCUAUUAUUAAAUACGCACUUGAAAAGUAUACUCGAAACAUUGUAAAAGAUGAAUCUGAAGAUUUCGUUAUUUCGAAUAAUGAUGGUGAUCUUAAGCAAAAAGUCAAACAUGUAGUGGCAAAACAUAUUCUUUUGCAUAACGAUCGCGAAAACGAUAUUCCACUCGAAAAUGAACACAAAACAAACGUUAUAAAUGAAUGGUUACGUUUUGUAUUGUUAUGUAUUGAAAUACAAGAACGUGCUAAUCUUCCUAUGAGUCUUUCUCUCGUUCAAACUGGCUCCUUUGUGGGUAUUACUCAUCAAGACAGCAUAUCUGUUCUUCGUGUUUGUGAUAUAUUAGAGUUCUUGCAAUAUUAUACUGGGGAAGAAGUACAUGAAUUAAAUUUAAAUAUAUCAUUUAACCAACUAUUUCCAUCAUAUCCUACUAUAAGUGAAUGCGAAGAAGUCGAUAUGAUAAACGUGUUCGCCGCAGCGAAUCUUGUUAUAUCUCCAAUGACAGAAAUUGAUUUAUUAAUUUUCGAUCGUAAAAUCAUUAAAACGCUUCCUAAACCAUUAAUGACUUCAGUGAGGCAAAAUGUUUCAGAAUUAUACGAUAAUCAUUUACGUCACCGUUUGUCAUCGGAGUUAAAGGCGAAAAUUUGGUCCAGACUGGAUUUAUGUUCACAAUUAGACAGAACACUUCAAACAAUUAUUGGAGCUUUAAAUGACGUAAAAUUUAUAUUGCGUGAAAAGGAUGAGAAUAUUGACACUGUUAAAACGACCAUUUUCAUGGAUGCUUUAAUUGCAUCGGCUACAACUGAUAUUAUUCAGUCUCAUUACAUUAUAGCGCGUAAUAUAUUUCUUUUACUGAUCGUAAUACUUAAUACAAAACCAAAUUCAGGUUAUGAUCAGAAAAUGUCUAUGGGGAUGUCCACUCUAUACGUAUAUAUGAUUUUAAAGUGGAUAUCAGAACAAUCUGCAUAUUCAGAUGCAACGACAAACUCUACAUCCACAACUGUCGAGGAUGGUAUGUUUAAGAAAUUUUCACAUUUGAGUGUGAUCAGUCCCACAAAGAACGUUUCGGAAUCACCAGAUUUGCGAUAUAGCUUGCUCCAUAGUCUUAUUGUCCAACAAUAUCCCCUUAACUUGAGAUUCCAAUCGCAAUUAAUGCCUGUAAUAAUCAUGCGUGGUGUGCAAGAAUUAUUGGAUAGAAUUGGAUUUUUACCAGAAACACCGCAUCUCAUGGUUAUGGCACCUGAAGCUUAUGCCAAAUUUGGUCAUCUUUUGGAAGCAUCCGGUUACAUAGGGCAUCUUCAUCAAUACGUUCAGUUAUUACUUGAUACACCAGCAAAUUUGUACCUUCAUGGAAAGCAACUUUUAAAAGAACGUAAAUAUGAUGAAGCCGAGUACAAAUUUAAAAGAGCUGGAUCUGGAUUUGCUCAUGAUAUGACACUUCCUUCAUAUACUGCUGGACCAAUUAUUCCGUCGCAAGAUUAUAUACCUGGAAAUUUGACAGCGUAUUAUCGCCAUGUCGCCGUUUUAUACGAAAAUUGUGAACAACCCCUUCAUGUUAUAAACUUUUGCAAGCUUGCAUUAGAAGCAUUUAGUAGUGAACAGCGCCAAACCCCUGAGGGACGUAGUUUAGUAUCUCAGCUUUACACUAAACUUUUCACUAAUGCUCUUAAAAAAGAUAUGUUCGAUCUGGCAUAUAAUGCAAUAGUGUCUAAUCCAAAUCCAUUAUCCCAGCAGGCAAAUCUACGUCCUUUUGUACGUGAUAUGUGCGAGAAAAAACAAGUCAGCAAGCUUUUAGAAUUUCCAUUUAUAAAUUUUCGACGUGAUUUUGAAACUAUACUGGAAUUCCAUGCACGUACACAUGAUAUAAAAGAAUCACCAAGCUAUUCAAAAAUAUGCUAUACUUAUUAUUUAUCUCGACGGCAAAACAGAGAUGCUGCUCGAAUUAUGUACCAAUAUGCAAACAAAGUCGAAAGUAUGGGUUCGAUAUUUGACAAUUUCCAAAAAGGCAUGACAGAGUUAGCUUCUAGCUAUCUUUCAGCUAUUAAUGCGUUGGAAGUGUUAGAUAAAUCGCUUGCUUGGUUUCAUUAUAGUCCAUUACCACUAAGUGACAAUGCUCGAGCUCGAAAAAGGCAAAGAGUUGAUGACGAAUCUAUGAAAG